AUGGACAAUCAACAGAUCCAAGUUGAUGGGAUCAUUGCAGAAGGCAACUCCAAAUGGGAUGCUGCCAAUUUUAAGCUCACCUUUGCUGUGCGCGACCGCGAAACUGCGGCAACAGUCAACGUGAUUUACAAGGAUCGACUUAAACCGGAUAAUUUUACGGAUGGUGGUAGCGUUUUCGUAGAAGGCAAAUACGAUGCAGCGCAGAACCUUAUUGUCGCUUCUAAACUCAUGACGAAGUGUGCCUCGAAAUACGAGGGAGCAGAAAGUGCCACACCCACGAAUGAGACCUCGUACAUCUCGCAAUAA